CGCUGGAGUCUUUAGCGAGUAUGAGUAAAACAAACAAGCCGAGUAAGAGUAGUGCUCACUUACACACUCUGGACAGAGAUGAGAGGAGUCGGGGGGCCCUUAUUGUGCAUCAGCGAUCUGCUAAGCGACGUCGGAGACGAAGAUUUGGGUUCGCCCCAGCACCACGCGCCACCUAAAGCCGUCGCUGAAGUUUCCAAUCUUCCGGCUACUGAUCUCCCCAAGCUCUUCCAGGAAAACUUCAAUGAGCUGAAAGGAACGCUUGAGGGUGCGGACCACUCUUGGACAGCUCUCACACUUAAGCUAUGUUCUGCGCUGGAUGCUGCAAACAAAUUGGUCGACUCUACCAAUUCUCGUGUAGCCACUUUGUCAGAAAAGUUUGAGGAGCUUGAGCAAAUUGUGAAUCGGAGAGAUUGUGCCAUAACAGCAGCUAAAGCCAUCCAAGGUUCUCUUAAACUAUAACAAGCAAUUAUAGUUGAUAAUGCCAUGUAAUGCCACAACACAGCAAAUGAUGUGAAGUAGUGUUUCAAGAUAAGGAGUUUGCCAUUGUCAUACAUCUAUUGAUUUACCCUAUUUACUGUCAUCCCACAUUUAUUUCAUUGUCUGAUUUUCAUCAAAGAAUUGAGACAGUGUCCGGUUAAUGCCACAUGGAUGAUGACC